GGCUGUUUAUCUUUGGCUUAAGGAAUGGUAUUAUAUUGACUAUACGAGCAGCUAUUUAUCUGGUGAUGUCACUCUUAUGAUCCCGAAACCAAAAAAAAUAAGCGCAUGGAUUUUACCAUUUUUACCUUUUAAAUUUGAUGUGUGGAUUGCAUUUUUCGUUUCGUUGGUAUUAUCAGCAUCUUCAUUAUAUUUGAUCACAAAAGCAUCAAUAAAAUUCACCCGUUUUCGAGAAAAGCUAAUAAGAAAAGUCCAAUUUACUACAAUUGAAGAUAGCAGCAUGAGAGCGAUAGGCUUAGCCGUUUUACAACAACCGUCUUCACGCCUCAUUGGAGAUUCUCCAAACCGUUAUCUAUUCACAUCGUAUGAGUUCUUAUAUUUGGUACUUUCAGCGAUGUAUUCAGCGGAGUUGGCUUCUUUUCUCACUGUCCCUUUAUAUCAUCUACCCAUUGAUACCUUCCACGACUUUGCACAGAGUGGUAUAAAUUGGUAUGGAACAGACUUUGCAUGGACUUUCCUAAUCCAAGGUUCGGACGAAGAAGAUGCAAAAAUUAUUGUUGACCGUUUUGCUGUACUAACUAUGGACCAACUUAAAGAAAAAGUUAAGGAAGGAAAGUAUGGUUUUACUGUUGAAAGAUUGCCAGGAGGAUCGAUUACUGAACAAGAUUUUCAAACAGCGGAUGUCAUUCCGAUGUAUCAUAUUAUGAAGCAGAAACUAUUUGGUUCCCCUUUUGUAGCUUCAAUAAAGAAGGGGUCUCCUUAUCUGAAGCAUUAUAAUAAAAUUAUUACAAAAGUUGUUGAACAUGGACACUUUCUCU